CCUUGAAGCCAAGGGACAGAUUUGUCACUCCGACAAUUUACUAUAUGUUACGUCGUAAUCUUGCGUUGCUCAUGCAGCAACCAAACAAAUAUUGCUGAUGUAGGUUUUGAGAGAGAGCUCAUCUUCCUCUCUUUUAAAUCUGAAUGAUCCAUAUAUACGCGCAGAUAUAUAGCUGCUAGCUAGUAGUUUGCAGAAAGUUAAAAGAGUAAGAAGCAUGAGUUCCAGGAAACCAAAGAGAGCUGCUUCAAGUAAAACUUUCCAGCGGCUUCGUUCUGCCACCAACUCUAAUGCAGUAAAUAAAACCUCGAUCAUAGUAGACGCCUCAAAGUACAUAGAAGAGCUGAAGGGAAAAGUAGAAAGACUUCAACAAGAUGUUGCCACUUCAAGCGACCAAACUUCGGCAUUACCCAUGCAGGUUACUGUGGAAACCCUAGAAAAUGGAUUCCUAAUUAAUGUGUUCUCAGAAAGGAACUGCCCAGGUUUACUGGUCUCCAUACUGCAAGCUUUUGAGCAGCUGGGCCUUGAUGUGCUCGAUGCUAGUGUAUCAUGUUCAGACAAUUUCCGUUUAGAAGCUGUGGGAGGAGAAAAUCAAGGACAAGAGGAAAGCAUAGAUGCUCAAGUGGUAAAGCAAGCUGUGUUGCAAGCCAUCAGGAACUGGAGUACUGAAGGCAAUGAGCAAGAUUAAUUAAUCACCUAUUUGUUAAUUGUUAUUAUAAUCUCUCUCUCUGUUAUCUCUUCUCUUGUUUCUUUUUCUGUAAUGCCAAGUCCUCUUGUUUCUUAUUGCUUUCUUUUGUAGGCAACCUAAGUUAGCAAAUGAAGAGAGGCUUUGAGACUUCAUGUUGAAUGAAUAUAUAUAUAUAUAUAUAUAGCAAAAUUAA